UCUUGUCUCUCUGACAAACAAAGAUGGAUAGAUCAUCAAUCCAGUGCUUCUUAUUCAUACUUAGCACAAUCAUCGUCACUUUUAUUUCAUGUUCGGAUGCUCAAAGAGAAGUUGAGGAUGAAAGUGAAUUUAGCUACGAACAGAACGUAGAGAACGGGCCAGAGAAAUGGGGGAAACUAAAACCGGAAUGGAAAAUGUGUGGAAAAGGAGAGAUGCAAUCUCCCAUUGAUCUUAUGAACGAAAGAGUUAGAAUUGUUUCUCAUCUUGGAAAGCUGACGAGAAACUACAAACCUUGCAAUGCCUCUCUCAAAAAUAGAGGCCAUGACAUGAUGCUAAGGUUUGAAGAAAGACCAGGAAGUAUUAAGAUCAAUGGUAAUGAAUACCAACUCCUACAGCUUCAUUGGCAUUCUCCCUCUGAACAUACGAUCAAUGGAAGAAGGUUUGCUAUGGAACUACAUAUGGUUCACGAAAGCACUAACGGAAGUAUGGCUGUAGUCACAGUGCUCUACAAAAUUGGAAGACCAGACUCUUUUCUCACCUUGUUGGAAAAGAAAUUGUCGGCGAUGAGAGAUCAAAAUGCCGCAGAGUUUAAUAUAGGAAUGAUUGAUCCAAAGGAGAUUCAGAUUGGGAGCAGAAAAUACUAUAGAUAUGUUGGAUCACUGACCACUCCUCCUUGUACGCAAAAUAUCACUUGGACCGUCGUCAAAAAGGUAAGGACCGUGGCGAGAAACCAAGUGAGACUACUCCGAGUGGCUGUUCAUGAUGAUUCAAAUACAAACGCAAGGCCGGUUCAACCUAUAAAUAAGCGUGUGGUGAAACUAUACAGACCAACAACUUACUGAAUCAGAUACAAUAUACACUUCAUUCAUUUUAUUUUUACAAAAUAUUGUAUGUGUGCAAUACUAAAUAAAGGAUGUGUUUCUUGAUUAUAUUUUGGUGUCCCAUCUCAUUCCGUUAUUUCCACGACCUUCUAUGCAAUAUUAUAUUUGUUUGUAAAAGACCUUCUAUUCAUUAUUAUUCAUGUUGAAGUGAC